UGGCAUCCCUCCGUUCCACAACACGCAGCAAGCCCACCUUCCCACCCAUCCCCCUCCCUCCCUCUCUCUCUCGUCCACGCCUCCGCAUCGGUCGUUCCCCUUCCUCGCUCUGCCACCCACUCACCGGGCGCCAUGACGGAGGAGGCCGACGGUUGCGCCGCGGUGGUGGUGGCAGAGGCGGCGGGCAUCAUCUGCUCGCUCCGUGCGGCGGACCUGGCCGGGUGGACGCCGCCAUGGAAGACGAGCGGGCAGCCGUCCUCCGAAGCCACGGCGAGGAAAGAGGAGACGGCCACCUGGCCGUCGGUGGCGCGGGGGAAGCGGACGCGGUCGUCGCGCUCAGGAUCCGCGGCAAACAAGGGGAGGAGGUGGGCACGCGGCAGCCCCGCGUCUCCGCUCGACUACAGCGGCGGGUCCGGGUCCGGCUCCGGCGCGUCCACCAGCGGCGGGGAGGACGGCGCCUUCUGCUCGCCACCGGCCACCGCCGCCCUCGCCCGCAGGCACGCCGGCCCAACCACCGCCGCCCCGGCUUCUUCCUCGGCCAAGGUGGGCUCUGCCGGAGGAGCUCGGCGCCCGUCGAUCCUGCCCGUCCCGCAGCCCCGCACCGCCGGCCAGAGGUCGAGGAAGAAGAUGAGGCUCCCGGAGGUGAAGCAGCUGGUGCUGUCCCUGUCGGCAGAGAACGCCGGCCUUCGCCAGGAGAUGGAGUCGCUGCAGAGGGCCUGCACGGCGCUGUCCAAGGAGAACGGCGCACUAGAGACAAGGUUGGAGCAUUCUUCCUCCUCCAGCAAGCGCAAGAGGGUCGGGUCCGAAGAGGGGGAGCGGCGACAAUGCAAGCCGCAGCAAGCCGGUGGCGGCGGCGGCUUCGUGCUCCCCGACCUCAACUUUCCGGCGCAGGAUGUCGCCGAUGCACGAGAGGCGGCUCCAUGACGGCUCCGGAACCCAGUCCAUCUCCGGUGGCGGCGCUAACCUGAUAAGUUUAUUAACCGUGUAUGUAUAGGGGAGGCGGCAGCUCAAGGCGCGAUCUCUGACCGUGCGUGGCGUACGUGCUGCCAGGGAAGAAGAGGAGCCGGCCGGUCUCAUUACCUUAGCUGAUAAUCUUUUUUUUUUCCUUUUGUCUAGUUCGAGUUUUCACCGCUCGCUUCGUCUUUUUUGUGUGUACUACCAAUGUAGCUCAAGUUUCAGGCGUGCUACUUGGUUCUUGUAAACAAAACAAAAUACAUACGGUACGUUAGGGAAUUUGUUGAUGGUUGAUGCUCUAUUGUUGAAUCCAGCGACCACCACUCAAA